AUGGCAUCGGCCACCUCUACGGGGCCGUCCGGAGGACCAAAAACCAACAGCAUCGUCCCCGCCCAGCUUGGUUUCCUAGCCAUCUACAACCCCAGUCUUGGCACUACGGACGAGACGCUCGAAGACCAGAUCGUCUACUACGCCUCGGUCACGACACUGAAGGACCAGCAGCGCAGAAGACAUCGGUCGGACCGAUCAUCACGCUCCCGCCGUCAUCAUGCGCCAACAAGUUCUGUAUCCGGAACAACAGCCCCUGGCACGGAAGCCGUUUCGCAAGAGGAGAAGAAUGAGCGCCUCAGGCAGAUAGGACUGGCCCAGGGCAUGGUUGAGUUUGGCAAGAGUUUCUCGGGCGGGAAGGCGGUUAAUACGAUUGAUACCGAGAAGAGUAGGGUGGUGCUCCAUGAGUUGGAGCCGGGGUGGUGGAUUUUGGCUUCUAUAGACCUCACCCGUCUUCCCCUCCCCAACCAGUCCUCGGGAAGCAGCAAAACCCCGGCCUCCCCUACCCAGUCGCCCAUCCCUGGCAGCCCUCGCAAAGGAGGAGCCGGCGCAUCAUCGACAACAGCAACUGAAGAACACCAAAAAGCCGAAUACUCCUCUCGCGAACUCAAGCCCGCCGCCCUGUUAUUGAGGGACCUGCUCCGUGCCCACGCCUGCUUCCUCCUCCAUCACGACAGCUCCCUCUCGUCCUUGUUCGUGCGCGCCCAAAGGCCUAAAUUUGUCACCUUGCUCAGCCGCUACUGGGAUUUGUUCCUGUCCACCUGGAACGUGCUUCUACAUGGCAACCCGGCUUGCAACAUCUAUGGUGGGAUCAAGGUUGCUGCUAGCGGGGAACUUGGUGUGGGCGUGGGAGAAGAGGAUCGGGGCUCGGGAGAGAGGGAGGUGCUGGAGGGGAUGGUGGACAGAGUCGAGGGACUAGUAGAUCUGGUGGUGGGCAAAUUUGGAGAACCGGGUGAAGAAGGGAAAGAGCCGACGGAGUGGCUUGGUACCGGAGCGGAACCCGGAGCAGACGAUGGUGCAAUUUUCUUGGGCACAGGGGCGCUGUCGAGGCAGUCGUUGCGGUCGAUCAUCUGGUGGAUGGAGGAUAUGUAUACGUGGGGAGAGAACGCGUACGGGGUUAUUGAGAGCCCCACAGCGACGAGAGUACCACCGAGGAGGCAGCAUAGACAAAAGGAAAGCAGGACGAAGAUUGCACCGCUUGGGGAGGUCAUGUCGCCGGGGUUGAAGGUGUCGGAUCUGAGGCUGCCGCCGCCGAAACCAAAGGCAACACCGCCGUCAGAGGCAGAGCAGAGCAAGACGACUUCCGAUACAGAUGGCAGGCCGUCCGGACCGCCAAGGCCGGUUACUUCGCUGCACCCUUCGACUAAAGGCAAGGAUCUGGCAAGUCACACGGGUACGGGGACACCAGCUAGCCCGACGACGACGGAUGAGCAUGGAGGCGUGGGCCAUCUGUUCAGUUACCUGAAAAUGGGCUACGGAACCCAUUGGAGUUUGGGAAUGGGUGGCAGCUCUCAGCCCGCCGAAAGGCAGAAGGACAAGGUCGAGGAUCAGAAGCCAAAGAAGCCGCCCAAGGACUCCCAGUUCUUGAUCGGUCUUAUGGCCCCCAGGGGUACCAGCACUGGCACAGUGACUGUCACUAAUGAUGAUGGCCAUCGCCGCGUCACGACUGUUACAACAGCCAACAGCCCCACGCCGACCCCUAGAACGGGCUCCGUAACCUCUCGUUCCGUGAACCAAACCGGCUUCGGAAACGGGUCAUCGCUGGGUAGCAAAGGAAGCGUCGGUACUACGGGUAUCACCUCCGCGUCCACCAGCUUCGACAGCCAAGACCGCAACAAGACCAAGAAGCUGCGCGUGGUGGUCUACGUCAUGCGUCCCUUCAUUUUUGUGUUCCUCUUCCAGCUGCGCACCGACUCGCUCGCUUUCGAAGGCUUCUACAGGAAUUUGCACCAGCAGAUGGCUCCUCUGCGAAAGUCGCUGUUGCGAGCUACGGCUUACAGGCCAGAACGUCCCUUUGAUUCGGUAGCGGGAGGAAGUGGGCAGAUCUACGAUCUUGUCUGGGACCCGAAGGAGUUAACUGUUCACUCAACGAUCCCCAACAUCCCUGAACCUCCCGUUCCCGUGGCUGCCGGUGUCGUCGGUGGUGGUGGCGCGGAGACGGCACCGGCUAAGAGGCUAAGUACCCUGGAGCCGCAUCGAAGCGUUGAACACACAUAA